CACCCCACUCUGCAGUAGCACUAUCAGGAUGGGUAACAGUGGCGGUUACCCAUUCAAUGGAACGAGGCACUGGCUGGGCAAACUGUUCCUCGGGGCUGUUUUUCUUUCUACCGCAUUUCAGAACGCUGCAGUGGAUUGUAAGAAGAUGAACACAAAUGAAUUACCUUCUCCAGAUUUGAACUCAAGUGUGAAUUCGGUCAGGAUGGGCCAAAAUGUAUCUCUGUCUUGUUCCAGCAAGAACUCAUCAAUGAAUAUCACCUAUUCGCUAUUUUUGGGUAAGAAACACCUACAAACCAAGAAAACAAGAGCGGAAGCUGUGACUUUUUACCUGAAGAUCUCCAACACCAAUGAAACAGGCCCCUACAAAUGCAAAACCAACGUUUCCAACUUGCAGAAAUAUAGUCCGGAGCUCAACUUCACAAUCAGCGAAGAAGAUAGCUGUCCUUCAUGUCUGCUGUCACAGUUACUCCCAGGGGUGUUACUGGGGCUACUGGCAAUAAUCCUAGUUCUGGUUUUUUUGAUUCAACCAAAAUACAAAAAAGGAAAAGCUCAGAGAGAGGAGUCCAAGGGUUCUGGAGUUGCACCCACGCAAGGCGAGCUGUAUGCAAACAUCUGUGAAACUCAAACAGAGGCCAGACCACCCCAGGAGCUACACUAUGCCACUCCAGUCUUCAAGGAAGUGGCACCCAGGGGACAAGAGAGUUGUGUGGGUAAUAACCCUGAUUACAUCUAUUCUGAACUGGAGAACUGAAGUGUGAAAAACUGAUUGAAUUCAGUGUAAAAGACUCUAGUGUGUGGAGAGACGGCAAAUUCACCAGGCACUUCAAAGUCUCACCCUAGGUUGGAGCAGGAGAAUCCUGAAUUCAAGGCUGGCUGGGACUACAAAGCAAGACCUGGUCUUAAAACACAAAACCCAUUGCCAGGUGGUGGUGGCACACACCUUUAAUCCCAGCACUGGAGAGGCAGAGGCAAGCAGAUCUCUGUGAAUCUGAGACCAGCAUGGUCUACAAGAGCUUGUUCCAGGAAGCAUCCAAAGCCACAGAGAGACCCUGUCUCAAAAAACCAAAAAGAAAGAAAAAAAAAAAAAAACCCAGAAAACUGAAAAUGUUUAACCUGGUCGCCUAAAGUGAAUUCAUAUUUUUGACAUCUGAACACUAUUCCUUUGGCUAAUUUGGGCAUUUCGUCUUGUCUUCAAAGUAGCUGGGCUUGAUAAUACUUAGAAAGUAUUUGGUUUUGUGGGCAUCCAUCUUUUUCAUUUCCCAAUGUCGUUUACAAAGGAAUUAUUGAUGGCAGAUGUCAUUCUAUAAAUAUGUUUCUCUUAUUAGUUAAUGAAUAAAGCACUGUUGGCCAAUAGGAAAGGAAGAUAGGCGGGACUAGGAGAUGAGGAGAACGAAGACAGAAGAAUGCCAGCCUCUUUCUCCAGUAAGAUGAGACCACGUGGAAAUACUUAGAUUAACAGAAAUGGGUUAAUAUUUAAGACAGAGCUAGCUGAUAAGAAACUAGUAACAGUCCAACAGAAUUAUAUCAAAUAUAGCAUCUCUGUGUGUUAUUUGGGGCUGGUGCGGUGGUGGGACCAGACUGACAGGGAAAAACAUACUCAUAACAAAUUAUCUUGGGGCUGAAGAGAUAGCUUUGCAGUUAAGAGUACAUACUGCUCCUUCAAGGGACAGGAGUUUGAUUCCAGUAUCCACAUCCCACAACUCAGGUGACAAUAAGUUUGUUUCCAGUGGAUACACUGUCCUUUUCUGGCAUCCAUAGGCACAGACACGCCCAUGUGCACAGAUAGGCCCAAACACUUCAUUAAAAAUAAAUAAGGCCAAGCCGAGUGGUGGUAGCACACGCCUUUAACCCCAGCACUUGGGAGGCAGAAGCAGGUGGAUCUCCAAGUUUGAGGCCAGCCUGGUCAGUCAGGACAGCCAGGAUCCUUAUGCAGAGAAACCCUGUCUCCAAAAAAAA